UCGCCGCAACCCCCGCCCGCUCCCCGCAAGACGACGAAGGGUCGGCUGGUUAUCUCCCGGCAGAGCAUGGAGACGGCCUUCGCGGCUGUGUGCAAGGCCUACGUGCCAAGACCGGGGCAGCCGAUGAGCCGCACGAGGGAAGAGGUCACCGCGCUGGCGCAGCACGACAGGCACGAGCAGGCGCUGGUGACGAACGUAAUUCUCCCCAAGGACAUCGGGGUGACGUACGACAUGAUCGGGGGCCUGGGCGGGGCGAAGGAGCUGCUGCGGCAGUGCAUCACGUACCCCCUGCGGUUCCCCCACCUGUACAGCGAGGGUAUCGCCAAGGAGGCCGUCAAGGGGGUGCUUCUCUUCGGUCCUCCCGGUGGACGGGGAAGAACGAUGCUCGCGAAGGCGGUCGCCACUGAGGGGGGCGCCACUUUCCUCAGCGUGGACGCGAGCGUGAUCGAGAACAAGUGGCUCGGGGAGAGCGAGAAGAACGCACGAGCGGUCUUCACCCUGGCCAGGAGGCUUGCGCCGUGCGUAAUCUUCAUCGAUGAGGUGGACUCGGUGCUGAGCAGCCGAGAGAAGUACGACGACACCACCCACGGCACCCUGACCAGCGUGAAGACCACCCUCAUGCAGGAGUGGGACGGGCUCCGCACGGGUGGUGACCGCGUGGUCGUGAUCGCCUCCACCAACCGACCCUUCGACCUAGACGAGGCGGUGCUGCGACGACUGCCGAGGAGGAUCCUCGUAGACCUACCCGACGCGGAGACUCGAGAGGAAAUCCUGAAGGUGUCCAUGGCUCAGAAUAGAGUGGACGCCAGCGUGAACUUCACGGCCAUCACAGAGGAGCUGGAGGGGUUCACCGGGAGCGACAUCAAGGAGGUGUGUCGCGAGGCAGUGGUGCGCAUCGCCCACGAGAAGGCCCAGGAGCUAGACAGGGCCGGGGUCAACGGGGUGAGGGAGGAGGUCGAUCUGACGGCACAGCUGAGGCCGGUGACGAUGGACGACUUCUGGGAGGCCAGGAAAAAGUUAACUGCAAGCGUGAGCGAGAAGGGGCGAGAGUUGUCUAGGGUAUGGGAGUGGAACGAGGAGUACGGGGAGGUGAAAAAGAAGCGACCGGACGCAUCGGCGCAUCACCUCUCCAUGUACCUGUGAUUGAUUCGGCUGGAGGUGUAUCUAAAGUUAGGACGGCGGGGUACGUGCGUGGAAACGCUUAGAGAUACACGCUUAGUUUCCGUGGUUGAACGGCUAGCGCCGACGCUGUUUGCCGGUAGAUGGUCAAUGUCACGCGCGUUGCUUAUCAGAGUUACGGAUCGAAAAUCGGAACAGUAUUUGU